CGGCUUUUUUUUCCCUCCUCUUCUUCCUCACAGCAAAACCAAAUCAACCACAAAACACAGAGAUGGCCAUUCCCACCAUGGCCUUCUCAUCGUCACCUUCCAUUCUCUCUCCACAUUGCGCAACUCACCAACCUCUUGUUCGCUCCCACACUUCUCUCUCUUCAUUACCCAAAACUGCUACUGCCCUCUUCAGCUUCUCAACUUUUCAAACGGUUCCAAAAUUCCCGUUGAAUAGUGACAAAAGAAUCCAAUGCGCUGAAAAAGGCUCUUCAGCUUCAAGUCUUGAUCCCAAGUCCGGAGUUUCAGUCUACAAGCCCAAGUCCUAUGAAGUUCUUGUCACUGAUGCUGCAAAAUCGCUUGCUUAUGCUCUUGAAGAUGGAAAGACCCGCUUGGAGAUUGAUUUUCCACCCCUGCCUAGCAACAUAUCUUCUUAUAAGGGGUCUUCAGAUGACUUCAUUGAUGCCAAUGUACAACUGGCCUUGGCUGUUGUAAGAAAGCUCAAAGAAAAAAGGGAAACGAGAGCUUGCAUUGUGUUUCCUGAUAAGCCAGAAAAGCGCAGGGCCUCUGAGCUGUUUAAAACAGCUAUUGACACGCUCGAUGACAUAACCAUAGGUUCCCUGGAUGAUGUCCCCGGUGGUCCAGUCACCAACUUCUUCAGAUCUAUAAGGAACACACUUGAUUUUGACUUUGAAGAUGAAAAUGAAGGUCGUUGGGCAUCCAAUGAGCCUCCCUCUCUUUAUGUAUUCAUUAAUUGUAGCACCCGUGACCUUGCUUCAAUAGAGAAGUAUGUGGAAACAUUUGCCAUGUCAACCCCGACACUUCUAUUUAAUCUUGAACUUGACACAUUGCGUGCUGACUUGGGCCUUGUGGGCUUUCCAACCAAAGAUUUGCACUAUCGCUUUCUUUCUCAAUUUAUUCCAGUGUUCUAUAUCCGAAUAAGAGAGUACUCAAAGACAGUAGCAGUAGCACCUUAUAUAGUGAAUUACAAUGGAGCAUUGUUUCGCCAAUACCCUGGUAUGUAUUAAAAGAUUUCUUAUAUACUGGAUUGUUGCUUUUUCUUUAUCUUAACUUUCAUAGGUUUAUAAUCUAUUUAUCCCAACAAAUUGGACGACAGUCCUUAGAUCGUUUAGAUUAUACGAUAAGGACUUCUUGGAAGAACGAUUAAAGAAUAAUCUGAAGUUAUUUGAAGUUUUGCUAAUUUGUGCAAGACCUAUUAUUCACAUCAUAGUGGUUUCUCAACACUGAUGCUGGUCUGGACUUGAUGAAGAAUACAUUGUCAAUGUUUGAGAGUUGAGAUCAAGGGAUUUUGUUCAGAAGUCAUCUAAUACUCACCUUGAUGGUUGGCCAGAUUAGGAAAGGACAGGUGUAGUGGUUACGUGAUGAACAAAAUAUAUAACCCAAUAUUAGCGCGUCAUGCAAUAUUUACUCGUUUUCUGCGGACAGUUUAGAGUUUGAUUAUUUUGGGACCAUUUGUACAGCUUGCAGAGUGAAUUGGUUAUCUUUGUUUUCUUUAUGUUUGAAUAUCUAUUCUGCAAAAUAGAGUUUGUUUGGAAGAAAUAUUAGAAAAAUUAAUGUGUUCGGGAAGUAACUAAAGUUGUACUGUUAGCUUCUCUUUGGGCAUCUUUGUCUAAACACUUAAAAGAUAUUCCUUUUAGUGUUAUUCUUCUUGAUUUGGGGGAGCCUUGAUUUUAUUGUAGUUUAAAGUUG